AUGCGCAGCGGCGACUCGUACUCUCAGACAGGCUUCAACAUCGAUGGCGCGAAGCCCUCCCCGUCGAACCCCAUCGGCAACCCUCCCCUCCCCGGCUGGACGGCAAGCGGCGGACUGAACUGGUCCGGGUUCAUGCCAACCCACUACAACGCCUCGACGCUGCUGACGUACAACCUCGCCUACGGGGGCGCCACCACCGAUGCCGACCUCGUGACGCCGUACAGGCCGGACGUGCUGAGCUUCGAGGACCAGGUCGACGUCUUCACGUCGUCCCUUGGCGCGGACCCCCGGCCCGACUACGCCCCCUGGACGGCCGAAAACACGAUCGUCGGCGUGUGGAUCGGCGUCAACGACGUCGGCAACACUUUCUGGCUGGGGAACAAGGAGGAAGUCAUCACGAAUGUUGUCGACCGCUAUUUCGAGCUCGUGCAGGACGUGUACGAUGCCGGUGCCAGGAACUUUGUUCUUCUCACCGUGCCGCCAACCGACAGGUCCCCCAUGUUCAUCGCCAACAAUGGCCACCAGCUCGACGUCAUCAUCGAAACAAUCGACCUGUACAACGAGCUCCUCGAAUCUCGCCAUGCGGACUUCCAAGCCGCCAACGAGGAUGCCACGACCUGGCUCGUUGACACGGCGGGCCCGUUCAACGAGGCCCUGGAUCACCCGACCGAGUACGGCUCGCCGGAUGCCCUGUGCGAGAACUCGGACGGAACGAGCUGUCUCUGGUUCGAUUCCUACCAUCCCGGUGUGGCCAUUAACCGGCUUGUUGCCGAGGAGGUCGCGAACGUUGUCGGGGGUCCUUUCUUCAAGGGCCCCUUGGGGUGCUGA